GUCUGCAACCUGUGAACCGCCAGCAGGAGUUGCUCGCGUCCUGAUUGCAGUUGGCAGGCCUGUGUUAGAUAGGGUCCUGCUGUAAGCGCUGUUGGGGUUAAGACUUAACAGCAAUGGGCUCCGAACGGCCAGAGCGCCCAGUUUUCUGUGGAAACUUUGAGUAUGAGGCCGAGGAACGAGACAUUGCUCGCCUGUUUGAGAAGUAUGGUCGAGUGGAACGGAUAGAUAUGAAGACAGGUUUCGCCUUUGUCUACAUGAGGCGCAAGUCGGAUGGUGACGAGGCAAUCAGGAAGUUGGACCGCAGCGAGUAUGGCUACAAGCGCAGGCCCCUGCGUGUGGAGUGGGCAAAGAACAAGGAAGCGGACAUGAAGCGCGAUACCCGGCCCUCCAAGACGCUGUUCGUCGUCAACUUCGACGUCCGCCGGACCUCGGAGCGCGAUAUCGAGCGCUACUUUGCGCGCUACGGGCGCCUGUCUCGUGUGCAGAUCAAGAAGAACUACGCAUUCGUGCAGUUCCCUGACAUCGAGUCAGCCAUUCGGGCGCUAGAGCGCACCAAUGGCGCUCAGAUGGAAGGCCGCACCCUGACGGUGGAGUACGUGCAGAACGAAGAUCCCAACUUCCGCCUAGACGAUUUCCGUGACAGGGACCGGUCUCGCUCGCGCUCACGCGAUCGGGGCGGCCGCGGUGGGCGGGGCCGCUCACCUAGCCGCAGCCCCCCACGGUAUGACCGCCGCCCGUCGCCGCCUCGGGGUGGCAGGUCGCGCAGCCGGAGCCCGCCACGGGGCGGUGGCGGCUAUGAGCGCCGCGCCUCGCCGCCUCGUGUGGGCCGCUCCCCGAGCCGCAGCCCCGUCCGCCGUGCCUCGCCGCCACGGGGGGGACGGUCGCCGAGCCGCAGCCCGCCGCGUGCUGAGCGCCGGGCGUCCCCGCCGCCGCGGGAGCGCAGCCGGAGCCGCAGCCCUGAGGAGCGCAAGCCGGACCGCUCUCCGAGCUACGACCGUUGAAUAGUGGCAUGCUGCCAGGAGUAAUUGUCGUGAGAUGGUUCGGCGUCCGCUUGCCGUACCUUUCGCAUGUAGCUGAUACCAUCUUGUAUGAUGCACUGAUUCGACCAAUUCGACUUCUAGAUUGUUGGACAUGGACUUUGAAAUGUACAUGCUACGCUUUUCGUGGCCUUGGCUCUGUACAUGACAUGAUGAUGUGACAAGAGGCAAGUUAACGUCCUUGUGGCUGUGCGCGCAGUACAAUGCGCGGUCGUACCGUAUACUUGGAUGGCUGGGACUACAGUAACCACUCUGACCCGUCUCAAGGCCAGUUUAGCCUGUUUUGUUUUCAAUCAGUUUCACCAAGGCGCAAUCACGCUACUAGCAUUGUCUUGGAUGAUAGAGGCCCUGCUCCUUUGUGAGGUCGGACAGUCCAUAGUGUAAUGGAUCGUGCAAAG